GACACAACCGACUGAAAAAACUGGAAUAAUCCGUCUCGAUUAGACAACUAUUACUGUCUCGACGACGCAAAGGAGGAAAAACCCUAACGAUCUCUCGACUUGGUCUGAGAAAAUUGGAUUAAUCUCGUAUUCGAAUCUUGUGGAUAGUGAUGAUAUAGAGAUAUUUGAAAGAUGUUCGAAUGGCUUGUGCAAAAGGUUUUAUUCGGGUACUUAGGUCGCUUCAUCAAAGAAAUCCAGAGAGAGCAACUCAAGAUCACUGUUUGGAAAGAGGAAGUCUUUUUGGAGAACGUGGAGCUGAUUCUUGAAGCGUUUGACUAUUUGCAGCUACCUAUCGCUCUUAAACAAGGACGUGUUGGGAAGUUGAGCAUUAAGAUUCCAUGGAAGAAGAUUGGAUGGGAACCCAUCAUUAUUCAGCUUGAAGAUGUCUUUAUAAGCGCAACACAACGAAGUGAUCAAGAGUGGAGUUCAGAUGUGGUUGAGAAAAGAGAGUUUGCUGGGAAGAAAGCUAAGCUUGCUGCUGCAGAACUGGGGAAAUUGUCUAAGCGUGUCUUCGGCAGUUCAGCAGGGAAUUAUGUUACGUCGUUUCUUGCAGAUAAGGCGAGUAAGAUUCUUGAUAGUGUUCAACUGUCCAUCAAAAACUUCCACAUCGUAUACUCCGAUGCACAAUCUGAAUCGGAACAAGUUGUAUUAGGAUUGCGGUUUUCAAGUUUGACAGUCUCGAAGCAAAACCCCGUUGGAAAAUCAGUUGGUAAGACGAGAGUGGGGCAAGUGAAUAAACGUGUGGAGGUUGAAGCUUUGGAAAUUUAUUGCGACAUGUAUGAAGGAGACAUGGACUUUCUAAGUGUUGAUAAAAAAGGAGAUUUUGACAACUGGUGCCAAGCGAGAGUGCAAAGCGAUGAGUUUGGUUGUUUAUUGAAGCCAGUCCAUGUUUGUGUAACACUAUCGGUCAAUCGAUCUGGAGAGCUUUAUGAUGGUCUACCUCAGUAUUCUAUCAGCGCUGAGUUGACUGAUGUGGUCAUGACUCUGAAUGAAUUUCAGUUGCAGCAGAUUCUUAUACUGUUAGAUUACUUACAAACCAGCCAAUUACGUGAGAGGUAUGGGCGAUAUCGCCCCUGCUCCAGUUCCUUAUCAAGGAAACCACCAGGGUGGCAGAGACUCUGGUGGCAUUAUGCCCAAAGAUCAAUUAUAUCUCAAGUACGGAAGAAACUUUGGAAAACUUCAUGGAGAUUUCUUGGAGAGCGAAUGACAAUGCGCAGGAGGUAUAUAAACUAUUAUAAGAUAAAGCUGGAUUUCCUUCGCAAAGAACAGUCAAUCGAUGAGGUAAUUCUUUUGGGUCUGGAAGAAAUGGAGAAGAAGUCUGACAUUGAUGAUAUCUUAAGUUAUCGGUCUGCAGCAGAAGGUGAGAUGCAGGAAGCUCGUUCAGAAUUGGCUGUGAACAUCGGAGCAGGUGGUGCCACUGGCACUGACAAGGAACAGAGUGUCUCCGAAAAGGAACAGAGUGAUGAUCCUACAUCGAAUAAGUCGCGUGGGUGGUUGAAUUGGUUGUCACGGGGAAUGCUUGGUGCCGGAGGCACAGAUGAUUCGAGUCAAUUUUCUGGUGUUGUUUCUGAUGAAAUUGUCAAGGAUAUACACGAGGCAACAAAGUUUCACCCUAUUUCUUCAUCUCCUAGAAAUAUUAGUGCAACUCGUAACUGUACGUGCUUCGUUAGACUCGACGUGCAAAAAAUUUCUGCUACUUUGCAGCAUAUAAAUGGAAGAGUUUCUCAAGCUGUAUCAGAGUUGGAAAUUUUGGGGGUGAUUGUUGAAUGCAAGUCUUGGAAAGAAUCUACAGCCAUCAUUGCUUCUGUUAUCUCUGGAAGGCUGGUCUAUCCUCGAAAUGGGAAAGAAAUUCUAACCAUGAAAGGGAAUGAUGCAAUAGAAAUGAGACCCUCACUAGAAAGGACACCCUCAUAUGGAUUGCGGCUAAAUUUGUCUGCAGAUCAAGAUGUUGCAUCGUCAUUAAAGGUCGCCCUUCAACCACUUGAAGCCGCAUAUGAUGUUGAUUUCUUUCUAGCUGUCAGUAAAUUUUUCGCUAGUUCAAGAGCCUUCAGACUUCAACACGAAAGAGUUCUAUCAUCACUCAAUGGCCUUGAAAAUGAAACGCGAUUGGUGGCGAAAACCGAAUACCUCUUAUCAAGCCGAAAUAAAGUGAAGUGGGACCUGGACAUAAAAGAUAUUACCAUUUGUUUCCCUGGACGAUUGGUUGAAUCAGAAAGCUAUAAUCUGGUUCUGGUAUUGGAAUCUCUUUCUAUUACAUCAAGUAGCACAGAUUUUCUUAAAACAAGUCCAAGAAUGCAGUCAGGUAUGGGGGAUGGUUUACAAAGUUCCCUUGCAGCCUUGAAUGUUUUUCAAGUCAAAGAUCUCUAUGACCAGUUUGAGAUCAACAUCUGUGACCUUGAGAUGAGGCUGACGAAGAUUCAUUCUUUACAAGAACUUCCCCUUGUGGAGAAAACAUCAGUACUUAUAAAGUUAGCGUCUUGUUUAAUUCCGGAAGAGUCAGUAUUGAAGCAAUUAGAGGUUGAAGCUACUCUAUCUACGGUCAAUGUACAUUUCUCUCCGUCAAUAUUUGAAGGAGUCAUGUCUGUGAUUGAAUAUCUUGAUAUUCAGGAACACGAAACUCAAGAUGUUCCACCUUACCCUGUUUCUAUUUUUCAAUUCACCAUCAAUACCAACUUGGCACUUUUCAGAUUGCACGUCAAUCUUGAAAAUGAAGGAGUAAAUAGCACAGUGCUUAUUCUUUCAAUACAGCACCUUGAUCUCUGGUAUUCACUUACCAAAUUUGAAGAGUGGUCGGUCCGUAUUAAAGCAUUGGAACUGAUAGCUUGUUCCUCUAAAGAUGCAGCUCAUAAUCAUAUUUUAUGUUCAUCUGGGGAUGUACUCGACUCGUUCUUUUCCAGUGGACAGGAGAUGUAUGCUAAAAAUAGCGGUCAAACCAACAUUAGUGAUAACGGUACAACUCCUGAAUCUGUUCUAAGCUUAAGUUGCAAGGUUUCCCGAAGUAAAAAAUCUGUUUCUCACAAGUAUACAAUCAAUUGGACGGGCGCUGAACUCCAUUGCUACCCAUACAUAUUUGGUUUACUGUCAAGUUUUUUGGAUAAGAUAACUUCCUAUAAGAUCUCUUCUGCGGAUUCGUAUCCAUCUAGCCUUCCUGCAGAGACAAGUACUCCAACAGAAAUUCCUCGGCUUGGUUUUGAAAGGUUUGGAUUCUCAAACUUCAUUGAAAGUAGAUCUUGUGGCUCCAUUCCUCUUGACAGAUAUCCAUUUAUGACCAUUUACAAUUCUGGUUCUCUUGGUAGCCUAGAUAGUUCUCUUUGUUAUUCUUCUUCUGACUGGAGGAACUCAUUUAUACUAAGGAAUAAAAAGGAUGGGACUGACAUAGGUCUGAACUGCAAAUGUGAGGGCUGUACUUUGCAACCAAACUGUGACUGUCCUCUGAAUGAGCUUUCGUUCUCCAGGGGUCAGACCAGUCUCUUUGUAGUUGAUGUGCAUGUUUCCAACACCAAUGUGCAUUUCCAUGACCCCUCGGGUGUUUUUGGAACUAUUAGACUGCCAGUAUCCAGAUACGUGCUUACCAUUUCAGACGAUUGUUUUGAUUUGGUUGCCUCUGCCGAAGACUUGAUGUUGGAGUCAUCAUUGUUCACCAACUAUUCUGGCGGAUUUCUUUGGAGAACUUCAUUAACAGAUGUCUCUCCAGUCUUGAACCUACGUGUAAGGAAGAGGAAUUUGGAGUCUUCUGGUUCCGAGCUUGAAGUGAGCAUUGGUAUUCAACACACAUGCUGCAUUUUGCCACCGGAAUAUCUAGCCAUUAUAAUUGGAUACUUCACGCUUCCUGACUGGACUUCAAAAUCAGGCGUGCAGUCAUUGCCACAAGCUACUGAGUGCACUAAAGGUUCUGAGCUUGCCAUUACUUAUAAAAUUGAGGUACUUGACUCCACUUUGAUUCUUCCUGUGGAAAAUGAUGACUGCCGGCAACUGAAAGCUAACAUACAAGAGUUAUAUAUGAGCUUUGUUCUAGAGUGUGCUUUGAGCAAUUUGGUGCAGCACAUACCGCAGGAAUGUGUUAUUCCAUGUAAUCAAGUAGCAGGGCGAACCGACUGUAUAAACAUAUUUGGGCGGGACUUAUCGCUAUCAUUGCUGUUAUCGGAGAAUGGCAUAUCAACAUUCAAGAAGGAUUCUGUGUGCAGAAAUAUCACUCUGGCUCCUAGAGUGAUUGCUGACGCUUGGAUUAGAUUACCUUGUGAUCACGAUUCGUUUUCAGAUUUGGCAUAUGUGAUGUCAAGAGUUGAAGUUUGUGAAAUCGUUGUAGAUGAUUCAGAUUCCUUGGAUGGGUUUAAGGCAUUUCUUGAUGUGGUUGAUCAGCUUUCUUUAGUUGGUGAUGAAUCAAAACUGUUCGUGUCUGAUGUUCCUCAGUUUCUUGAUACGAAGAUGCGUCUAAAGCAGGAGGUGGCAGUUGCACCCCAUGAAUCUCUCGAUAACUUCAUGAAAUUCAGAUUUUUUGUCAAUCUUUUGACGAUAAAACUGCAACGGUCUAGGAAAGAUCUUGGAACACUGCUAUCUGAACCGGUGCUCCAGGCUGAUUUGAAAUUUGUUUCCUCUGGGGACCUUAAAAAUAAUUUCCCUAUGAGCUUGGAUGUUCAGUGUUUCGAAAUUGGGCUUCAUUCAUUGCUGAGCUCAGUCAUGUUAGCUAGAUGCACCAAUGCAAAUGGGGGUCCUUCAGCACUUAAAGUCAGAUUUACGGCAGAGGUUGAAAAUGAAUAUAAACUCUGCUUUUCUCUCCCAUCCCUGGACAUCUGGUUACACUCUUUUGAUUGGAUUGAAGUUAUUGAACUUCUUAAAUCUUAUUCCCAGAAACUGGAAGACAGUAACUUGGAUAUGCAUGAUUCGAUUGAAGGGAUAAGAAACACUUGUGACAGUAGUGAUGGGGUUUUGAGCGUGCUGCAGUCUGGGGUAUCAGAGAACCCUUGUGAGGUUAUGGCUUUUGCUGCAAGAUCAGAGAUUAUUGGCUUCACAGUUUAUUUUCCUCUCUGCGUAAGCGACACAGAAUUUCCAGGGUUCAUGGCAGCUGAUAUUCACGAGAGACCUGAGGAAAAGCAUAUUAAAACUUUAAAGGGGAAAUACUGUAAAUAUGUUUCUGUUACAGCACUUAGUAGAAGCGGUGAACUCUCUGUUCUUGGGAAAGAUGUUAAACUGUGCUAUCAGAUUGAAAAGCUCAAUGGUAUUCUUGCAAUAUCCGGGGUUGAUACUGUCAGGUCUUGCUCUCUAUUUGGGGCGUCACAACUACUUGUAGAAACUAAUAUUCAGAUGGAUGAGAAGAAAAUCAUGAGCAUAGAUGUUGGGGUACUCUCUGACAAUUUGAAGAUGCAUGCAUCUCAUCAAGUAUUAUCUUUCUGGAAUGGAGUUACAUUUGAUGCACCGGAGACGCCAUCUUCACAAAGUUUUCAAGGAAUCAUAAGUAUGAAAUUCCAGAUAAGAGAUGCAUCUCUUCUUAUAUCAGAUGGAAGGUGGGGAUGUAGCGGUCUGCUUCUUGAAGUUAUUAUGAGAAACUUUCUCCUGCAAGCUAAUCUUACCGAAAAUAAUGUGGAGAGUUUGAUUUCAUGUGACCUUGAAGUGAAUUAUAAUAAUAUGCACAAGGUAUUGUGGGAGCCUUUUAUUGAACCCUGGAAUUUUGAUAUUAAGUUAUCCAGAAAAUUCGAGGCAAAUGCUUUGGUGAACAACGCUGGACUUACUGAAGUAAUUGUUGCAUCAUCAAAUCAGCUCAAUGUGAACUUAACAGAAUCUCUUUUUGAGUGCAUUAUCAGGAUAAUUGAGAUGUCCAACGCUUUGGAAUUGAUGGAAACAGAUGAUGUUCCUGACGAUAAGAGUUUGUCAGUUUACUGCACCGAAAAUACUAAUACAGAACGAUACUCUCCCUAUGUACUUCAAAAUUUAACUUCUCUUCCUUUGGAGUUCGAAGUUUUCCAAGGGCGCAAUUCACAUAUGCUCAAUAUUUCAGCUCGGGUGGCUCAGAAUAUAGUGCAACCUGGUUCCUCUGUUCCCAUAUAUCUCGAUAAUACUGAUGCCACACAUUAUUAUAUGAAGGUCCAACUUGAUGGAACAUCUUUUGCUUCUCCUCCUCAUUCAAUGGAUCGAAUUGGCCUUUCCUAUUUUGAGGUUGACUUUUCCAAAACAUCAAACUCUAGUAAUAAUGUUGGGAAAGCAAGUAAAUCUGGUUCUGGGAACAGCUUUGUUGUUCCUGUUGUGUUUGAGGUUUCAUUGCAUCAGCAGAGCAAGUUGAUACGAGUAUAUUCAACAGUAAUAAUUUUAAACUCCACCUCCAUGCCUUUGGAACUUCGCUUUGACAUUCCAUUUGGUGUCUCCCCGAAGAUUCUAGAUCCAAUUUUCCCUGGUCAAGAAUUUCCACUGCCUCUACACUUGGCCAAGUCUGGCCGUCUACGGUGGCGUCCCCUGGGAGAUUCUUUUUUGUGGAGUGAAGCUCAUAGCAUCUCCAAAGUUCUUUCUCAAGAUAGCAGGAUAGGAUUUCGCCGAUCAUUUGCAUGUUAUCCAUGUCACCCUAGCCAUGAACCAUUUCGGUGUUGCAUAUCUGUUGAGAGCUCUAGCCUGCCAGCAUCAUUUUAUCUGAAUGAUUUUCCAGAUGGAAAAUUUGGUCGGCAGUUGCACGAUAUUGACCAAUCAAGGGAGCAAUUCAUUCAUCAAGUGACUUUAAGUACUCCAUUUGUUGUGAGCAGCUGUCUUCCGGAACCAAUAUCACUUUCAAUAGAAAGUGGUGGCAUCACCCAGACUGCAUCCCUUUCUGAGGGGGAGACUCCGUUCUAUCAUAUUGAUCCUUCACAUGACCUGGUCCUUGAGUUCAAACUAAAUGGCUCUAGAUCAUCAUCUUUAAAGUUUCCUCGCUCAGAAACUUUUAGUACAUUGGCUAAGUUCAGUGGAGGGAAGUUCACUCAGACUGAAACUCUUUCCUUUGAUUCAUAUCCCAAUGGUGGUUCUGUUUAUGUAUCUUGUGAGAAAACAAUGGAUGUAACAUGUGGGGCACGAGAAGUAUUCAUCUAUGUCCCAUUUCUAUUGUAUAACUGCACUGGGACUCCUCUGAUUGUUUCGGACUGCACCAAUGAAGCCAAAGCUUACAGCGUAAUUCCAUCCUGCUACAACCUUGUUGAGCAGCAUUUUGUUCAGAGUCAAAAAGUUGGUCUUGGAAUUUUGACCUCUGAUAAAGAUUUGCUAGAUAAAUUCCCAAAUGCGGAUUCCCCUUCUAGUCCUUCUUCAUCGGAGUGCAGCACCACUGCAUCCAGUACUGAGAAAUUUCUGGAUAGGCAUGUGACUCCAUCAACUCGGCAAGUCCCUUUAGCAUACCCAAAAGACUCGGCAACUGUUCGCAAGAAAAGUCUUUCUUCGAAAAGUUUUAGGGAGUUGUGCUUCCAAGGUAAUGAGCCUGGCAAAGUUAAGGCAUGCAUUUAUUCACCUUGUCCUAUUUCCAAGGCCAGUGACGGCAGUAUCCGAGUCAAAAAGGACCUGCCAGGGUCGGAUAAUUUAGAUAGCCCAUACUCUCUGUGGUCUGCUCCAUUUCCUCUUGUUCCACCUGGUGGUUCAACAAAUAUAGUUGUCCCACAACCACAGCCUGGUGAAUCAUCUUUGUUAUCUGUUACGUGUACUAUUCUUGGUGGUGCAUUAGCAGGAAGAACGCAAGCAAUUACUUUCCAACCAAGAUACAUCAUCUGUAACUCAUGCAGCCGUAACUUAUGCUAUAAGCAGAAGGGGACCAAUUUGGUUUCUCAGUUGGCUGUUGGACAGCAUUCGCAGCUUCAGUGGACAGAUACUACAAGGGAAUUACUAGUUUCGAUCCGUCUAAAUGAGCCAGGAUGGCAAUGGUCAGGCAGCUUCUUGCCAGAUCAUUUAGGUGAUACUCAACUGAAGAUUUGGAACUAUGUUAAUAAAACUUUCAACAUGGUGCGGGUGGAAGUUCAGAAUGCCAAUAUGUCUAGCGGAGAUGAAAAGCUUCUAGGGAAUGUCCAUGGAAAUGUCGGGACAAACUUUAUUCUGUUAUCAGAUGAUGACAUGGACUAUAUGCCUUACAGGAUUGAUAAUUUCUCGAAUGAGAGACUAAGAGUUUAUCAACAGAAAUGUGAAACUUUUGAUACCAUAGUUCAUCCUUACACGUCUUGCCCUUAUGCUUGGGAUGAACCUUGUUAUCCACAUCGUUUGACCAUUGAGGUUCCCGGAGAUCGUGUAAUAGGCUCUUAUGCAUUUGAGAUAACUAGACAACCUAUUCCAGUGCACUUACGCUCGACCGCUGAGAAACCUGAAAGGACAUUGCUGCUAUCUAUCUGUGCUGAAGGAGCUACAAAGGUUUUCAGUAUUGUAGAUUCAGGUCAUCACACCAUGAAAGAUAUAAAGGAAACGUUUAACUCUAAAUUUCAUGAGAAGGGAAAGCAAAAGCUUCAAACGGAUAAUAUCAUCCGUUACACUGAGAAGUUCUUACUUGUCCUGCCAAGCAUUGGUAUUUCUUUGGUUAAUUCUCAACCACAGGAAUUGGUUUACGCUUGUGCGUCAAAUGUUGUGUUAGAUCUGAGUCAAAGUGUAGAUCAGCAGAAGCUUUCCUUUCAUAUAUCUUCAUUACAGAUAGACAACCCACUUCACAAUUCUUCGUAUCCUGUCAUAUUGUCAUUCAGUGAUGACCACAGAGGCAUUCCUCUCGAUUGGGGUAUUAAGGAUAAAGCAAGAUUUUUUGAAUCUGUUGAGCAACUUAGAUGUAAUACCCGUGAUGCUGUACUCUACAUUGGCUUAGCAAAGUGGCGGAAGAAAGAUGUUUCAUUAGUUUCUUUUGAGUACAUAAAUAUAAGGAUUGGUGAAUUUGGACUUGAGCUCGAGCUACAAACACUACUAUCCUUGUUGGAGUUCGUAAAAGCAGUGCUUCCUAAUUCUCAGGCUAGGCUCUUGCCUCUCUCAGAUCCAACAGUGCAUCCUCUAAUCUAUGACACUGGUUCCAAAGAUAUAAGUGUGGAAGAUGCUCCACCACAUGCAAGAAACAUUCUUGUAUUUAACAAAAGCCAGAGAAGCACUGUAUCUCUACCUACAGUGGUUCCGAUAGGAGCUCCUUGGCAGCAUAUUCACUUGUUGGCUCGAAGACACAGGAAACUUUAUGUUGAAACAUUCGACUUAGCUCCUAUUAAGUUUACAUUAAGCUUCUGCAGUGCUCCCUGGAUGCUUAGAAAUGGUAUUCUUGCUUCAGGGGAGUCCCUUAUCCACAGAGGUCUCAUGGCUCUUGCCGAUGUCGAGGGUGCUCGAAUACAUCUCAAGCAAUUGACAAUUGCUCAUCACAUGACUAGUUGGGGUUCAUUUCAGGAGAUCCUUAUUGGGCACUACACCCGUCAAAUUCUUCAUGAGAUGUACAAGGUGUUUGGCUCUGCUGGCGUUAUUGGUAAUCCCAUGGGGUUUGCGAGGAAUGUUGCUGUUGGAAUCAAAGAUUUCCUGUCAGCUCCAAGCAGGAGUGUCUCAAAAAGCCCAGCAGGAAUUAUUCAAGGAAUGGCUCAUGGAACAACGAGUCUAUUGAGUAGCACUGUUUAUGCUUUAAGUGACGCUGCCACUCAAUUUAGUAAAGCUGCACACAAGGGUAUUGUUGCAUUUACCUUCAGUGAACAUGAUGUUGCAAGGAUGGAAAAGCAGCAAUUAGGCGAAGGCUCACGUAGUAAAGGAGUUAUAGGUGAAGUGUUUGAGGGACUCACUGGUCUCCUUCAAUCACCGAUAAGAGGAGCUGAGAAACAUGGUCUUCCAGGCGUCAUAUCAGGAAUGGCUUUGGGGAUUACUGGACUUGUUGCAAGACCAGCGGCUAGUAUCCUUGAGGUGACUGGAAAAACCGCACAGAGUAUCAGAAACCGAAGCCGGAUUCAUAACAUGAGAUCCCAAAGGCAUAGGCUUCGCCUUCCCAGGCCACUGAGCAGAGAACUCCCUCUAAGGCCUUACUCAUGGGAAGAAGCGGUGGGGACAGCAGUACUGACUGAGUUCGGAGAUGCUCUGAAGUUCAAAGGCGAGACGCUAGUCAAAUGCAAAGGCCUCAAGCAAGAAGGAGCGUUCGUUGUAAUCACAGGGAGACUAGUAUUGGUUCUAAGCAGCCCCAGCUUGGUAGAUUUUGGCAAACCGGGAUUUCUAGGAGUUCCAAUAGAUUUGGUGUGGAAUAUCGAAAGAGAAAUCGGUUUGGAGAGCGUGAUACACACGGACUGCAGCGGUGGAGUUGUCCGAAUCAUAGGAAGCAAUUCAGAUGGUGUAUGGAACUGGAGACAGAACCAGCAAAAGAAGAGUAGUCCGAGCAGGAAACGAUGGAAUGAUACUUCAGCUCAGCCGCUUCUGCAGACCAACUUAGAGCUUCCAUCGGAGGAAGAAGCAGAAGAGUUGCUGAGUGUGUUGUUGUCCACUAUUGAAACUGGGAAAAGCAGGAGCUGGCACAGUCAAUUUGUUUUAAAUCGAAGUAAUAUCAGUUAA